ACGAACAGGAGGAGCCACGCGAAGGCGAAGAGAGUGGCACGGAAAGUUCGACGUCACGCUAAAGCACGGGAGUGGCGAUUUGCUUAAUUUGUGCUUGUUUUGAGCGCUUUUACUUCGCCCUACCAUAGCGCAAUCCAAUCCAGUGAAAGCGCUACCCCAAUCAUGUCUUCCGAGACGGUAACCUCGACGACAACCCCGGCCGCAACCCCGGCAGCAACGACGACGACGACGACAGCCGUCAAUCUCGAGCAGGUGGCGUACUUUCUCGUGACGGGAGCAUCGCGCGGUAUCGGCGCCAAGAUGGCCAUCGAGACGGCGCGCAAGUUCAAGGCCGGUUCGGUGGUGGUGCUGCUGGCCCGUUCCGCCUCCGGGCUGGAAAGCACCCGGGCCGAGAUACUGGCCGUCAAUCCGCACGUUACCGUGGUGACGAGCUCGGUCGAUCUCGCCACCGCAUCGAAGGAGCUGCUGAACGAAAUACUGGACAAAUCGCUGGGCAAGCAACCGACGGACCGGUUCGGGCUGGCCUGCGUCAUCCACAACGUCGGCACGGUGGGCAACAUCGGCCGGAAGGCGACCGACCUGGACGACCGUACCGAGUGGGAGCAGUACUUCGGCACGAACGUGUUCACCGUGGCCGUGCUGAACAGCUGCUUUUUGCGCAAAUUCCAGUCCGUCCCGGGGAAGCUGGCGAUCAACAUCACCUCGAAAGCGUGCCUGGUGCCUUUCCAGAGCAUGACGUACUACUGUGCCGGGAAGGCGGCGCGCGAGAUGUACUUCCGCGUGCUGGCAGAGGAGGAAGCGGCCGCGGGCGUCACCGUGCUCAACUAUUCGCCCGGUCCGGUCGACACGGACAUGACGGUCGAUCUGCAGGCGAACUCGAAUGCGCCGGAAAUUCGGGACUACUUCAAGGGGUUGCGCGAUACCACGACAAUACUUACGACCGACCAAACGACGGCCAAAUUUUUACACAUCCUCCAGAACGGACUGUUCAAAUCGGGAGAUCACGUCGACUACUACGAUCACUGAUUUGUGGGGGGAAGGGGAGGAAUGAAUCUCUCUCACGCUCUCUCGUAAUACGUAUACAUUCCACGUGCGCGCGGCAAUCGAUGUGCAAUCGCUUAAAGCUUGCUGAAAUAAAGAAGAAAGCUAUCUUUGCUUGCGCUCUCAAAGAGCUGCUUAGCAUUUGUUGA